UCCUGAGCACCAAUUACUGUCUCUGCUGCCAGCACUGAUGUGUUUAUCAGGAUGAGUUAUAGCGGAAUAUAUGUACACAGGCAGUGUGUAUGCUGGAUGACCACCCCCUGUGAUGUAAAAUAUGAGAGUCUGGGAGCUACCGUUUUAUAAUUCAUCAGGUUCAGCAACUGAAUGUUGUUGGUUGGCUUAGUUAUAAAGGCAAGUGUGAACUGAACAGCAGACAGGAGAGUCUUGCACUGAGAGUCCUGCGAAGCUGCGUUUGGUGCCUGGUCUCUGCUUUUGUUCAAGUGAAAUCUGUCUUCGAAUACGCUCGGUUUGAGGCAAAAAUCCAUGACCUGCGUGAGCAGAUGAUGAAUCACAGCAUGAGUUCUGGGUCCGGCUCCCUGAGAACUAAUCAGAAGAGGUCACUGUAUGUCAGAGCCAUGUUUGACUAUGACAAGAGCAAAGACAGUGGCCUGCCAAGUCAAGGACUCAGUUUUAAGUACGGAGACAUCCUUCAUGUUAUCAACGCAUCGGACGAUGAGUGGUGGCAGGCAAGGAGGGUCACUCUGGAGGGAGACAGUGAGGAGAUGGGAGUUAUACCCAGCAAGAGGAGAGUCGAAAGAAAGGAGCGUGCACGUUUGAAGACGGUGAAAUUCAAUGCGAAACCUGGUGUAAUCGAUGCAAAAGGGUCAUUCAAUGACAAGCGUAAAAAGAACUUCAUCUUUUCACGAAAAUUCCCAUUCUACAAGAGCAAGGAGCAGAGUGAGCAGGAAACAAGUGAUCCAGAACGAGGCCAAGAAGACUGCAUCUUUUCUUAUGAACCUGUCACAAGACAGGAAAUUAAUUACACCAGGCCGGUUAUCAUUCUGGGUCCUAUGAAAGAUCGGAUCAACGAUGAUUUGAUAUCUGAAUUUCCUGAUAAGUUUGGGUCAUGUGUACCACAUACCACACGACCAAAGCGUGACUAUGAAGUGGAUGGGCGAGAUUAUCAUUUUGUCAUUUCAAGAGAACAAAUGGAAAAGGAUAUCCAAGAGCACAAAUUUAUAGAAGCCGGGCAGUACAAUGAUAAUUUAUAUGGAACUAGUGUCCAGUCUGUGAGAUUUGUGGCGGAAAGGGGCAAGCACUGUAUACUCGAUGUGUCAGGAAAUGCUAUUAAACGAUUGCAAGUUGCACAACUGUAUCCCAUCGCUAUCUUCAUUAAGCCUAAAUCCUGGGAGCCUCUGAUGGAAAUGAAUAAACGUCUUACAGAGGAGCAAGCCAAGAAAACCUACGAUCGAGCAAUUAAAUUAGAACAAGAAUUUGGAGAAUAUUUUACAGCUAUUGUCCAAGGAGAUAGCUUAGAAGAUAUAUAUAAUCAAUGCAAACUUGUAAUUGAAGAACAAUCUGGGCCUUUCAUCUGGAUUCCUUCAAAGGAAAAAUUAUAAAUUAGCCGCUGCACCUCUGAUUACGACGGGAGAAUAUUUAGAAGAAAACUAUAAUAUACUAUUUGGAGGCUUUCCUGUUUUUGUUGCAUUUAUGUUCUUUGCAGUCAAUGUGAAUUUUGAUGAAUGUACAACACAAAAGUGUUUGAAGCCAUGAAGGACACUGAUGGGUCAAAAGGGUAGGAACAAAAAGACUUCUACCACAUAAAGCAAAUCUGUUGUGUGCUCAAAGCACUAGUUAUAGGUACAAACUUUUGACAUGGAGACCCUCUGUCAAGGGGAGCUAGCCACCUACUGUGCCCAUGUGGACAUUUUGAUCGAUUUCAAUGGCUGAGCUCAGUGUGUUGAUUGCUUUACAGAGAAGUUCCCAGCUCUUGAACCUCAUAUAGGGCUUGAUCCUGCAAGGCGCUGAACACCUGACCCCAAUUUCUACACAUGUGUGUAGCCCGUUGACUUGGAGUCACUUGUGAUCCCUCCCUAUGCCGUUCAGUCCCAUCCGUUCCUUCAGGAAUAUUUGCGUGCUCAAAGCUAAGCACGGGCUUAAGCAUUCUGCUAGAUCAGGGCCACAUGCACCUUGCAAAAUCAAACUCAGAGAUCCAGGUCCACUUCCUGCUAAAGUCAUUGGUAGGACGGUCUUUGACUUGACUGGGAGGUGGAUCCUAUUCUAAGCUUGUCAUUGCACAUUUGUAGUUGGUACACCUCGACUUUGGUAACUAUGCACAUCUUUUGGUUUCUGAAACCAAGUCAAGCGUUUCUUUUUUUCCCCUUUGGAAACACUAUUGCAUCAGGAACUAGUAACAGUGUAGUUUAUUUUAAUGGAGUUUGGGGGUGGGAGAGGAUGGAAGCGUUUCACAUCACAUGUGCACGCAAACACAUUCCCAUGCAGACACUCACAUGUAUGAGGAUUCACAGCACCUACGUUGACAAGGAGGAAUACAACUGGGAAAAGCUUUAAAAUUUUUGAUUGUCUAUUUUAUCAUUUAUAUUGACAGAAGGCACUUAAAGAUGGAAUAAUUUAUAAAAAUAAAAAUAUAUUGAUGUAUAGAAACUAAUUUCUAUAGGUAAAAAUGUUUUUGUGAGAUAUUUUGUAAAGAUUAAUUAAUUGAGAGAUUAAAUAUUUACACCCUUGUGUGACUGUAAAAUGUAUAGAGGACCAUCAAGUUGCAUUAUUCCUUUUCUGUAACAGACUCUCUAUUAUUAAUGACAAGCAAGAUAAUUUCUUAAAUUGUAGCUGUCAGAUUGUUUUUCUCUCAAUUUAAUCCUCUCCCUUGCCUCUAUUUAAUCAUGAUGAACUCCUGUGGAAAGGUCUCUUGAACUGACUGCUCUGUUGGACCUUUUUUGAACACAAAAGGGUAAUGCAUCUUUAAACAGAAAUGGAUGAUUUUUCAGAAGCAAAAUAUCAGUGCUUGAAUGCAGUUAAUAGUUUCUCUCUUGGAGGGAGUCACACUUCACCUGAAAUGGUCUGUGGUUCUUCUUGUUCCUUUAAGGGAAAUACCAAAAGCAUUUGAUCUUUUCUGUCUUUGUAGGCAGGCGGAUCACCAGUUAACUUGUAUCUUCAUUCAUUUCGCAGUCAACAAGGGUCUUAAAAGUGAAAACUGAGGCAAUGGACGUUUGCGAGGGAUUUGGGGAAAGUCUGUGGAAUUUCAGUUUGCAAGGAAGGGGAGAGGGAGGUAUAUUUCUUGUUUCGCAUCUCCCUUCCUCUGUAUACUGACACCAUACUUCACUCUGGCACGCAAGGGAACAACUGUAAAAGAUAUUAUAAUCAUAAGCUGAAUUGCCUUUGCGUCUGCUGCUGGACCAAGUUUUGUAGAAAACCCACAGUCUCCUGCCUACUGGGCUGCAGGAGUCUAAUAUUUGUUACCUGGUGGCUACAGCAACCCUAAUGUUUAAGGACGUUGUAAGGGCAAAUGCUAAAUAGACUCCUCGGUUACUCGUCUAUUUGAAGUUUACUUUUCUGCACCCUGUCAAGCUGACAGGUAUAUCCAGCCGACCUCCACAGAGAGCAUGACGCGCUGGAUGUUUGUAGAAUAGCCACCAGCGGUGACAGGGUUAAUGAUAUGGGCAUUUCAGUGGCUCCGAGGAGGCCGCUCACUUACUGCCCUGCUAUGAUAACUUUGAGAAGUUCAUGCUUCUUUUAUUACUAUUUUUCUUGCCUGGCCAGCACAGAUUUGUAAACAAGGGUUUCAGCUGACUCUACAAAAGAGCUUUGUAACCAGAAGGGCUAGAAACUUUUUUUUUACAACAUACAAAUGAAUGAAAGCUUAGAUUUUGGAUAAUUCUACAGAAAUCCACAGAGUGACCCCAGAUCUUUGGAAGCCCUGGAUUUUUCCAUGCUGGCAAACUACUAUUGCCCCAGGUUGGGAAAUAGCCCACUUGACCUGAAAAACCAAGUAUCCUAACGCAGGAACUUCAUUCUAAUUUUCAGCUCUGUUUUUAAGCAAUCAAUCACAUCUGCUUCUUUGUUUCUUAGUUCAGCAUGCAGCCUUUUUUGGUACUAUCCUACUAGUAACUGUUUUGCUUUGUCAUGUGCUGUGCUUUACAGUGAACAGUAACACUAUGGCUGAGUACAAUCAAUUUUUCCAUCAGUCCUUGGUUACUGUAGUAACAUUAUUUAUUUUUCCCUGUCUGUUGUUUGUGCUUCCAGUUUAGAGUUGCCAUUGCACUUCUUCUUCUUCUUCUUCUUUUUUUUUUUAAAUAAAACAUAUAUUUAAAAACAGUGCACCAAGAGAAGCAGUAAGAGGUCUUCUUUCCCUUAGGCCUUGUACUCCCAUUUGUUUUGUGUGUUGACGUUUUGUAUUUCAUGUUGCAGCGUUCUCAGAGCUGCCGUUCAUUUUUGCAUUGCAGCUGUUCAGAUCAUACUGGGUGGUAGUGGGAGGAGGAAGAGAGACAUAAAAUUCAUGCAAAAUUACAUCUGAUGCAAAAAAAAAAAAAUUAUCCAGCUCACAAACCACAGCAAUUGGCACCUCAGACCGUAUUGGUGCUAACAUAGCUUAGCGUAAUCAGAUUCCUUUUCUGUCCAUAUAAGAGACUUGCGAGUGUCUAAACAUGAGACAAAUGCAAAUGCUGGACCCUUUAGGAAAAGUGCCAGAUCACACCCCUGGUGCUAUUUCUCAUGUUCUGGCACAGAGUGUAGCACUGUAGGGUCUCAGCAGAACCAAAAUUACAUGGCUUUUUGUCCACCCAUGAAUGAUCACAAUGACAUCUCGCUAGCUUUGUGCAGAUGUGCAAUAUUACAACCUAUUUAUUUCUCCUUGCCACAAAGCAUCUUCCAUGCACUGACUCAUUUAGAGCUUUCUUACAGGGCUCAGUGAAACUAUGCUCUUUACUGGUCUUACUGUCUGAUCAUAACCCAGUGAAAGAGCCUUUCUUGCUUAAUUCCCCCUUCCUACAGAGGAACCCUGUCCAUGCUAGCGCUUUGUAAUUUCUUUCGUAGUAAAGGUUGUUUCUAGAUAAAUAUUCUGUGAUGUAAUUGUGUUUGUAGCUAGCAUGGUUUGAUGCUCCAGUGUGGAUAGGGUCCUAGAAACCACUCUGUGAAAGUCAAGGAUAAGAAAUCUCUCCAUCGCACUGAAAUUUCAAAUCCUCAUCCUGGAGAGCGGUGUUGAACAUGAGCUAAUAACCACUAUGAGCCAGCGACAGUGUCCUAGUUAUACAACAUCCAUCUACCUAUUUACAUUAGUUUUCUAUGGAGAAAUUGUUGGUGUUACACUUUCACUGUUAUUUGCUCCUCAGCACUUAGUCGACUUGUACUUUUGCUUUGGUUUUUUUUUUUUAUUUAUUUUUUUCAAAUCCUGAAAAGAAGAUUCAGUAACUGAUAACACCUGUGAAUAUUUGUAGGGGAAAAAACGUUACAGAGCAAAAGUUUCCAUCUUCUUUCUAAGCUGCAGAUUUAAAGCCAUAAUAUCUGCCAUGUUCACAGAAAGUGGUCUUUUAGUGUUCAUAGCUUUUAAUCUCAGCGUUUUUUCUCUAGAACAUUUCAUCUGCUAUGUUAUGCAUGUGGUUCACUGUGCAACUGCAUUCAUGUGCUCAAGCCCAUGCUUUGAUUAAAUAAAUGUAUUAUGUAUUUUACUGUUCCAUUAAAAAUAAGACAUCUUGUCAAUUAGCUCAGAAGUAAGAAUGAGGUCAUAAUUAUGUAUAAAAAAAAAAGUGACUGUAUAUUUUAGGGCACAACCUAGCAUCAAAGCUAAGAGCAAAUAACACCUGCAGUCUAUCCAACAUAUAGCUAGUCCGGAUCAUCAGCUGGUGUAAACCAUGGUCACUCCGCUGAUUUCAGUGGAGUUCCUCGCAUUUACACCAUCUGAAAUUACAUAUAUAUCUUUCCAUUUUGCCUACUUUAUAGCAUUACUGUAAAAUGCCAAGGCCACAUUAUUAAACAAGAGCUCAGCACUUUCCAUCAUUAUUUACUGUUCCUAUUACUGCAGCACCCAGAGGGCCUAGUCAUAGACGAAGACCCUUUUUGAGGUAGGUGCUGUGAAACUGUUGAACAAAACGACACCCCCAUGGGCCAAACACUGUGGCCAGAUUUUCGGAAGGCUUCAGCCCCACCACCGUUUCACCAAGAGCAAUAGGAACCACUGCCUUGUUGGCCCUUUUGAGAACCUGUCUUUCAGGUGACGCGAGCAAGAUGCGACCUCUCAUCCCUCAUGCAGUGCUAGCAGCUUACCCCGUCUGGCCCUGACCUACAGCCCAGGCAACUUCCAGUGAUGCCCUGAGGUAAAAUAGCAUUUUGGAGAAUGGGCUGUAGCCAGAAACCUAGGUCUUAAAAAAAAAAAAAAAAAGUUAAAAAAAAAAAAAAGCAACACUGUUGGCUCUUAGUGAGAUAGCAACCUUGUAAUUUCUGGAUUUGUGCUCCUAAAUUUGCGUUGGCCAGUCCGAACUUCUGAGUGCAACAGCCUGUUUUCAGGAGGCCACUUCUGUCUGACAACACUGGCCAGCUUGCAUCUCUUUAGCAGGAUGUUUCUCAAUCCAGCUGUAGUUUGGGGUACUCAGAAUCUGAACUGGAGUUUACAAAAUACACUAUCGAGCUUACACUCCUGUUUAUGUGUAAAUACUCUGCGCAUCCAUUCCAUUUGUGUAAAGAAUAAAGCACACACAAUUAUAAAAAUUAAUAUGUAUAUUUCAUA